ACCACCAAGUUUAUCUCAGAGUGGAUUAUCAAAGAAAAAGUCAGCAGAAAUGGGACAGGAGCGUAUUGAUAAGAUUAUCGCAAUUCCUUCUAGCAGUAGUGUAUCAGAGUGCACAAAAAUUGCCCUCGAUAAAUUCCAUCUUGCUUAUGACAGAACAGAAGGAGACAAAGGAAAUCGGUACCGAAUGACUCUUGUAUUAUCCGGGAAAGAAAAGGUUCUGCCAGACACAAUGUCUUUGGGAGAUGUGAUUCGAGAUCAUGCUAGCUUAUUGACGCCCGGGCAGUUUAUUUUGCGACAAUUUGGGGCUUCCGCCCCUGUGGUUCCUAAACGGAAAACAACACCUGUGCCGAUCCUUGAUCCUGACACUGCACGAAUGUUACAGAAGCUGGACUCUGCACUGAUGGCAUUUGAUGAAUCGAGUGAUGUGGGUCCAUCAAGACCGUGGAUGGAGGUUGCACGUUAUGGAGAUAAUGAUAUUGAUAUUAUACUUCCACAUGGUGUGCUUCGAAGUACAAACCUACCUAACCAACAGAUGCAGUAUGCUCUUAUGGCGCCAAAAGGAGCCAAUGAUUUCUCGACAAUCCUCAAAAAGGUGGUUCAGCCUAGUCAGCCCCCAAGCCGUGCACUUGAUACCAUAUCAGAUAUUGAGCUUGCAGCACUUGUAAAGUAUGGGCGUGCAUAUUUGGAUACACAUGAACGUGGGCCUGUUUUGCAACAAGACGGCGCAAAUCUCUCUAGUCUUGAAGACCUUCAGAAUGAAUUACAACGUAUAAUGGCUGCUCAUGCCCACGUAAACCCCAUAUAAAAAUAUCUUUAUCAAUCAAUUGUAUACAUUAGUCUUUUAAUAUUCCCCCGAAACAUACCUUCACCACAAAGCAAAACAAACCGAACCUCGGUCGUCUUCAUCGGACUUGGAAUUACGUCAUUCAACCUCUGUCUUUC